AUGAUCCAAAUCUUCAUCACUGCGGUGGUGGUUGGAGCCGUCAGCCUCUGCCCGGUGACGGUGGAGGCAACCUUGAUGGGGCCGUCGAUGCAGAAGCUGACGUGGCAUUACUACAAAGUUUACAACACUUGCGAGAACGCCGAGAAUUUUGUGAGGCACCAAGUUGGCAAGUUCUACGAGAAUGAUAAAAGCAUUGCUCCUAAGCUCCUUCGUCUCCUCUACUCAGAUUGCUUUGUCUCCGGUUGCGAUGCAUCGGUUCUUCUAGAAGGUCCAAACUCGGAGAGAAUGGCGCCACAAAACAGAGGACUUGGAGGAUUCGUGAUCAUAGACAAAAUCAAAAUAGUCUUGGAACAAAGAUGUCCCGGUGUUGUUUCUUGCGCCGACAUUCUUAACCUCGCAGCUCGUGAUGCUCUUCAUUUGGCGGGUGCACCAUCUUAUCCUGUGUUCACCGGCAGGAGAGAUGGCUUUACAUCGGACAAGCAAACCGUGGACCUUCCAUUACCGUCCAUCUCAUGGAACCAAGCCAUGGCUUACUUCAAAUCCAGAGGCUUGAACGUUCUUGACAUGGCUACACUUCUUGGAUCACACUCAAUGGGGAGAACACAUUGCAGCUACGUCGUUGAUCGUCUCUACAAUUUCAACUUAACCGGUGAACCAAGCACGACUAUGAACAAGUCUUUCCUCUCUGAAAUGACAAAGCAAUGUCCACCUCGUACCAAGAAAGGCCAGACCGAUCCGCUCGUGUACCUGAACCCGGACUCAGGCUCAAACCACAGCUUCACGAGCUCAUUCUACUCCAGGAUUCUAUCAAACGAAUCUGUUCUUGAAGUAGAUCAACAGCUACUUUACAAUGAUGACACCAAGCAGAUCUCUGAGGAAUUCUCACAGAGUUUUGAGGAUUUUCGGAAAUCAUUUGCUCUUUCCGUGAGCAAGAUGGGAUCGAUUAAUGUGUUAACUAGAAACGAAGGUGAGAUACGACGAGAUUGCAGGCGUAUAAACUAA